CUCUCCUCCUCCUCUACUUAUACUCUCCCUCUCUCUCUCUCACCCUCUCUUGUCCUCUUGCACUACUCCCAAGGGGCACUCUAGACACUCCCCCCUCCGACCGCCCUAAAAAGGCGCAAAUACCGGCGCUUCUUAUAAUCCCUCUUGAACCAUCACUCGGAACCCCCACCACCACCUGCCUGGCUCGCCAGGUGAUACUCCACCUUCCCCGGCUCCAAUGUCGACCACGUCCCCAGCGCAGGCGUCGCCCUCGUCGUGGCGCCGUCGCCUCUCGCACCCCGACAUUGGCGACCCAUCAUCCUACCUUCCAUCACUAUCACUGCCCUCCGUCUCGGGACUGCGCAGCGCCGUCCUCACCUACCUUGGCGAAGUGGAGAACGCCCUGCGUGACAAGCUGGCUGGCGAGUACCGCGGUGUCGACUCUGUUACCUCGGGAUCACCACCCCCAUCGUCAGAAGAUGAAACAGACGAGCACGAGCACGACCAUGCCGGUGCUCCGGACGACUACUUUUCCUUCGGCGAAAGCUCGGCACUACGGGCCCCAAGGCACAACGAGUUUGAGCUCCGUCGCCGAGCGUACCACGCACGUUCGCCAGCGCUGAGCGGCAGCAGCAGCAAUGAGGACGACGCCAACGUCCGCAUGCUCGACUACCUGUCCAGCCUGCGCGCCGACAUUCUGUCGUACGCCAACUCGGCUCCGGGCUUUGGCCUUGGCUCGUCGCUCUCCUCGCAGCGCGAAUGGAUCCGGGGUCUGCCCGGCCGCUUGAGGACCGUCGAGCUGGGCCUCGGCGAGCCAGGCUCGUGGCCUGAUCCGCUGAGUGCGUCGAGCCGCGCCGGAUCUCGCGCUGUUCAGGGCGCGCGCAAGCGCGUCAUCGACCUCGUGCACACGCUCCUGCCUCCAGACGACUGGGCAGGGUGGGAGACUCUGGGAUGGGAAGAAGGCGGCGAGGACGCCGAUGUCGGAGCAGACGCGACGCCCCAGCGGCCCAGACAACAACGCCCGCAGCCGUACCCGCACCGCGCGCACGCCAAGACGUACUCGCUCGACGAGCGCGCGCUCCACUCGGACGACGAGGACGAACUCGACGAGCCAGAAUACUUAUUCCCGAACAGGACGCCGGGCCCCGCGCAGGCCAUUGCGCGCCGCACGCGCGCCAUCCGCGCACGCAGCCUUGGCGCCAUGGACCUGCCUCCUCUACCCUCGUUUAUCCAGGACUGGAUGAGGCCAGUGGUGGAGGAAGCGUCCAAGGUUGUCGACGACGAGGGCGACGUCGACGCACAGGUCGUCGAGUCGAGCUUGGAGUCGCAGGACGAGGACGAGAAGGACGAGCUGGCCAGUGUUCUCUCGUUCCACGACGAGGGCCCCACAGUCGCCGAGGCGCUCGUGCGGAGUCAUGAUGGCAAGAAGCUUAUCACGUUUGAUGAUUUGCCCUUCUGGUGGAGGAAUAACCAGUACAUCCACACUGGAUACCGGUUCAUCCCUUUGGGCAAGUCCGGACCAAUUCCGCUGCUCAAGUCGGCGUUCCAGAUCCACAACGAGACUAUCAACAUCCACUCGCACUCGGUCCCGACCGUGCUCAUCCUGUCGAUUGCUAUCCCACUCAUCGUCUGGCGGUCGCCGCUCCCUGACGCAAAGUGGCUCGAUACGGCCAUGCUCGUCACGUAUCUGCUCGCGGCUACCUCGUGCAUGUCGUCGUCGGCCGGCUGGCACAUGCUCAGCGGGUGCGCUUCCAAGCGCUGGUUCGAGUGGGGCGCCUGUGUCGACUACAUUGGCAUUUCGUGGCUCAUUGCCAUGAGCUUCAACACGGUCGUGUACAACGCCUACUACUGCUACCCCAAGACGGUCGUCUUGUACACCCUCAUCAACAUUGGGUUCGGUGCGCUCGGCUCGUACCUCCCGUUCCAGAAGUGGUUCAACCAGCGCAAGAACAAGCCGUGGCGCAUCACCUUCUUCGUCACGCUCGCCGUGUCAAUGUUUACGCCAUUGGCCCAGCUCUUCUACUACGAGGGCUUUGAGCGUGCGGCCGCCUUCACCUCGCCCUUUGGCGUCUCGGUCCUGGCUUACGUCCUCGGCCUGUUCGCGUACGCGUUCCACUGGCCAGAGUGCAUCUGGCCGGGCAAGUUUGACCUGUGGGGCGCGAGCCACCAGAUCUGGCACUUCGGCAUCGUCAUCGCCAUUGGGCUGCACUACCGCGCCAUCUUCCACGCGUACAACUUGCGAUGGGACUACUCGUGCGCUGCGCCAGACGCGCAGAUGCCCGUCACCGCCGCCGUGUCGCAGUUAAUCUGGGGCCCGGUGGCAUAG